CAAAUUUGUGCAGCGCCGUCUCUGGCAUGUACUGGAAUAGUAUAGUGGCUACAUCGCAGAUGCCAUAAGUUUCCAAUAAAAAAAAUCAUUUGGAUUUAUUACAGGCUAACAGCUCUCUGACAAGCUUUCACCUUAUGAAAGGGAGAGGGCAAGAGAGAGAUUAAGAGAGCGAGAAGGGGAAAGCGAGACAGACUGAGGGAGAGGAGCAGAGGGCUCUCGAUGACCUAAUUCUAAGUUAGCUGUUCAGUUGCACGAGUACUGACUACAACGUAGACCCUUGCGGGAAGCAGCAAAGAGGGAGCCGUGACAAGGGCGGAGAAGGCAGGGAAUAUCUGCACGGACAGGAGGAAUUCAUCAGGUUGUCCUGCUGAGCUCCAGUUGCUGCCAGAACAGGAAUGGCAGGUCGGAAGGGAGUUAAAUCUCUGAAGAGAUCGGCCGUCCCUGGAGUGACUAUCACACAGUUUGUGGACGACAUUCCGAAAGGGUGCAGCACGCCUGACUUUGAGCGGAAGCCAAUUACCUUAACAUUACAGGAAGGUAAAAAUGCCAUUUUCAGAGCUCUGGUCAAGGGUGAACCAAAACCAGAGGUGUUCUGGAAACGCAAUAAUGAGGCAGUGGAUGAUCCUCAGAAAUACCAGAUAUCAUUCAGUCCGGCCACAAAUGAGUUUAUCCUGCAGGUAAACAAAAUCACGGUGGAUGAUGCUGACUUGUACCGUUGCACAGCUGUGAAUGACUAUGGGGAAGCCACCUGCACUGCUGGUCUCAAGAUCAUACAGGUCGGCUUCAGGAAGAAAGCGAAACAGACUUCUUCUGCACCACAGACAGACCUGAAGAAGGAGAUCCAGGACUUCAGAAAAACAUUAAAGAAACUAGCACCUUCAAGUGCUCCGAAGAAGGAAAUCGAUAUGGAACAGAUCUGGCAGUUAUUGCUGAAUGCAGAUAAAAAAGAUUAUGAAAGGAUCUGCCUGAAGUAUGGCAUUGUUGACUUCCGUGGGAUGCUGAGGAAGCUUCAGGAGAUGAAGAAGGAGAGAGAAGACAAGCAGGCACAGUAUCUACUCAACCUCAGAAACCUGAGGCAUGUCAGAGUCAAUGCGAUACAAGGAAAUGCUUCAUUUGACCUAGAGAUGGAACUGAAAAAUCCGGAAAGCAGAAUUUACCUAUACAAGGAUGGCCAGAUGAUCAAUUUUGGAUUCGACAGUGACAACACAAAGCACUGCCUGCGACAGGUUGGCAAAAAGUACAAUUUUUUCAUCAACGAUCUGCAGCCAGAAGAUGCUGGCGUGUACCAGAUCAAAGUAGAAGAUGUAGAUGUUUUCUCAACUGAGCUGGAAGCAGAAUCCAUCCCAGUAAGUUUUCGCUAUCCUCUUGGUGAGGUGAGAUGCCACGAGCAAGGAAAUGCUGUCUUUCAGUGCACUCUCUAUGAACCCUGCUCCAACGCUGUGUGGAUGCACAGAGACCGUAUUCUAGAGUCCAAUGACAAGUAUGAAAUUUCGGUUUCGGAAGAUGGCCUAACUCACCGCCUAAUCAUCAAAAACACCCACGCCUCUGACAAGGGGACUUACACCAUUGAUAUUGGAAACCGCUCUUCAAGUGCCUGGCUUGAGGUUGAAUCUAAAGGAAAGAGAAAGCAGACUGAAGGAGACAGUGAUGAUAUAACUGGAUGGCGGAAGAAACAGCUAGAUGAAGACCGCACAAAGAAACUUCGUCAAGGACAAGGGCAUGAUGAGCAGGAUGGCCAGUAUAAGAAUGGCCAAGCUGGCGAAGGAGAAUCUUAUAGUUCCUUAGGAAAAGAUGGGUCUUUGGGAAGAGGAGGAGCCAACAGAGAUGGGAAGAUGGGACAGUUUUCUGGGGUGGGGAUAGACAUGGGAGAAGGGCAUGAGUUUUCUGGAUUUGCUGGUGGUAGUAGUGAACAUAUGGGACAUAUUGGAAAUGGUGUUAGUGGAGGAAUGGCUGGCACAGGAACUGGAUCUGGAGGUACAGGUGGACUACAAACUUCAGAUGGUUCCACACUUGAUGGAGCAGGUGGGCCAGGAACUGGGUUCGGUGGUGCUGGUGGAGUAGGUGGACUCUACGGCAAGGAUGGGAUGCUAGGUGGAGCUGGUGCUGGGGGAGCUGGGUUCGGUGGUGCUGGUGGAGUAGGUGGUCUCUACGGCAAGGAUGGGAUGCUAGGUGGAGCUGGUGGUGCUGGUGGAGUAGGUGGACUCUACGGCAAGGAUGGGAUGCUAGGUGGAGCUGGUGCUGGGGGAGCUGGGUUCGGUGGUGCUGGUGGAGUAGGUGGUCUCUACGGCAAGGAUGGGAUGCUAAGUGGAGCUGGUGGUGCUGGUGGAGUAGGUGGACUCUACGGCAAGGAUGGGAUGCUAGGUGGAGCUGGUGCUGGGGGAGCUGGCGGUGAUGGUGGAGUAGGUGGACUCUACGGCAAGGAUGGGAUGCUAGGUGGAGCUGGUGCUGGGGGAGAUGGGUUCGGUGGUGCUGGUGGCGUAGGUGGACUCUACGGCAAGGAUGGGAUGCUAGGUGGAGCUGGUGCUGGCGGAGCUGGAAGUGCUGGUAUAGGUGGACUUUAUGGUAAGGAUGGUACAUUAGGUGGAGCUGGUGCUGGCGGUGCUGGUGGAGCUGGCAGUGCUGCUGUAGGUGGACUUUAUGGUAUGGAUGGUAUGUUAGGUGGUGCUGGUGCUGGUGCUGGUGGAUCUGGCAGUGCUGGUGGACUUUAUGGUAAGGAUGGUAUGUUAGGUGGAGCUGGUGCUGGUGGAGCUGGUGGUGCUGGUGGACUUUAUGGUAAGGAUGUUAUGUUAGGUGGAGCUGGUGCUGGUGGACCUGGUGGUGCUGGUGGACUUUAUGGUAAGGAUGCUAUGUUAGGUGGUGCUGCUGCUGGUGGACCUGGCGGUGCUGGUGGACUUUAUGGUAAGGAUGGUAUGUUAGGUGGAGCUGGUGCUGGUGCUGGUGGAGCUGGCGGUGCUGGUGGACUUCAUGGUAAGGAUGGUAUGUUAGGUGGAGCUGGUGCUGGUGGACCUGGCGGUGCUGGUGGACUUUAUGGUAAGGAUGGUAUGUUAGGUGGAGCUGGUGCUGGUGGACCUGGCGGUGCUGGUGGACUUUAUGGUAAGGAUGGUAUGUUAGGUGGAGCUGGUGCUGGUGGACCUGGCGGUGCUGGUGGACUUUAUGGUAAGGAUGGUAUGUUAGGUGGAGCUGGUGCUGGUGGACCUGGCGGUGCUGGUGGACUUUAUGGUAAGGAUGGUAUGUUAGGUGGAGCUGGUGCUGGUGGACCUGGCGGUGCUGGUGGACUUUAUGGUAAGGAUGGUAUGUUAGGUGGAGCUGGUGCUGGUGGAGCUGGCGGUGCUGGUGGACUUUAUGGUAAGGAUGGUAUGUUAGGUGGAGCUGGUGCUGGUGGACCUGGUGGUGCUGGUGGACUUUAUGGUAAGGAUGGUAUGUUAGGUGGUGCUGGUGGAGCUGGCGGUGCUGGUGGACUUUAUGGUAAGGAUGGUAUGUCAGGUGGAGCUGGUGCUGGUGGACCUGGCGGUGCUGGUGGACUUUAUGGUAAGGAUGGUAUGUUAGGUGGUGCUGGUGCUGGUGGAUCUGGCAGUGUUGGUGGACUUUAUGGUAAGGAUGGUAUGUUAGGUGGUGCUGGUGCUGGUGGACCUGGUGGUGCUGGUGGAGUAGGGGGACUUUAUGGCAUGGAUGGGGUGCUAGGUAGAGCUGGUGCUAGUGGACCAGGUGGUACUGGUGGAGUAGGUGGUCCUGAUGGAGUAGGUGGACUUUAUGGCAAGGAUGGGAUGCGAGGUGGAGCUGGUGCUGGUGCUGGUGGACCAGGUGGUACUGGUGGCGUAGGUGGUCCUGGUGGAGUAGGUGGACUUAAUGGCACGGAUGGGAUGCGAGGUGGAGCUGGUGCUGGUGCUGGUGGACCAGGUGGUACUGGUGGCGUAGGUGGUCCUGGUGGAGUAGGUGGACUUUAUGGCAAAGGUGGGAUGCCAGGUGGAGCUUGUGCUGGUGGACCAGGUGGUACUGGUGGCGUAGGUGGUCCUGGUGGAGUAGGUGGACUUUAUGGCAAAGAUGGUUUGCUAGGUGGAGCUGGUGGACUUGAGGGUGUUGGUGGAUUUGGGGGACUUUAUGGCCAGGAUGGAAUGUUAGGUGGAGCUAGUGCUGGUGUACCUGGUGGUACUAGUGGAGUAGGUGGACUUGGUGGCAAAGACGGUCUACCAGUUGGAGCUGGUCAACUUGGUGAUGCUGGCAGUGUAGGAGGACCUUAUGGUAAGGAUGGCAUGCUAGGUCGAACUGGGCCUGACAGACCUGGUGGCCCUGGUGGAGUUGGUGGACUUUAUGGCCAGAAUGGUAUGCUAAGUGGAGUUGGAGCUGUAGUUGGUGGUGUUGGGGGAGUAGAGGGACUACUUUAUGGCCAGGAUGGUAUGUUAGGUGGUGCUGGUGCUGGUGGACUUGGUGAUGCUGGUGGAGUAGGGGGACUUUAUGGCAAGGAUGGGGUGCCAGGUGGACCUGGUGCUGGCAGACCUGGUGGAGUUGGUGGACUUUAUGGUCAGGAUGGUAUGUUAGCUGGAGCUGGUGCUGGUGGAGUAGGUGGUGCUGGUGGAGUAGGAGGACUUUAUGGUAAAGAUGGUAUGUUAGGUAGAGCUGGUGCUGGCGGAGUAGGUGCUGCUGGUGGAGCAAGUGGACUUUAUGGCAAGGAUGGAAUGCUAGGUGGAACUGGUUCUGGCGGACCUGGUGGAGUUGGUGGACUUUAUGGUCAGGAUGGUAUGUUAGCUGGAGCUGGUGCUGGCGGACCUGGUGGUGCUGGCAGAGUAGGUGGUGCUGGUGGAGUAGGAGGACUUUAUGGUAAGGAUGGUAUGUUAGGUGGAGCUGGUCCUGGUGGAGCUGGCGGUGCUGGUGGAGUAGGAGGACUUUAUGGCAAGGAUGGGAUGCUAGGUGGAGCUGGCGGUGCUGGUGGAGUAGGUGCUGCUGGUGGAGCUGGUGGACUUUAUGGCAAGGAUGGAAUGCUAGGUGGAACUGGUUCUGGCGGACCUGGUGGAGUUGGUGGACUUUAUGGUCAGGAUGGUAUGUUAGCUGGAGCUGGUGCUGGCAGACCUGGUGGUGCUGGCAGAGUAGGUGGUGCUGGUGGAGUAGGAGGACUUUAUGGUAAGGAUGGUAUGUUAGGUGGAGCUGGUGCUGGUGGAGCUGGCGGUGCUGGUGGAGUAGGAGGACUUUUUGGCAAGGAUGGGAUGCUAGGUGGAGCUGGCGGUGCUGGUGGAGUAGGUGCUGCUGGUGGAGCUGGUGGACUUUAUGGCAAGGAUGGAAUGCUAGGUGGAGCUGGCGGUGCUGGUGGAGUAGGUGCUGCUGGUGGAGCUGGUGGACUUUAUGGCAAGGAUGGAAUGCUAGGUGGAACUGGUUCUGGCGGACCUGGUGGAGUUGGUGGACUUUAUGGUCAGGAUGGUAUGUUAGCUGGAGCUGGUGCUGGUGGACCUGGUGGUGCUGGUGGAGUAGAUGGACAAUAUGGUAAGGAUGGUAUGUUAGGUGGAGCUGGUGCUGGCGGUGCUGGUGGAGCUGGCAGUGCUAGUGGAGUAGGUGGACUUUAUGGUCAGGAUGGAAUGCUAGGUGGAGCUGGUGCUGGCGGACCUGGUGGUGCUGGCAGAGUAGGUGGUGCUGGUGGAGUAGGAGGACAUUAUGACAAGGAUGGGAUACUAGGUGGAGCUGGUGCUGGGGGAGCUGGCGGUCACCAUGGCAAGGACGGUGUGCUUCCUGGGGUUGGUGGUGUUGGGUUAAGAGGUGUAGGGAGCACUGGUGACCUUUAUGGUCAGGCAGGUACUUUACAUGGAACUGAGGCUGGUGGUGCUGACACUGCAUUAGGAGGCAUGGGCAACAUGAUGGAUCGAACUGGAAGAGCUGGCACCAAGUAUGGUAUAUCAGGUGAAGGUUAUGGUGAAGGAGGGAUAGGUAAGGAUGGCAGGGUUAGUGGAACUGGUGCUGGUGGUCUUGGUGGUGAAGGAUGGUUGGAUGGUAGGGAUGGUAGACUAGGUGGAUUUGGUGUUGGUCCAGGAGUUAGAGGUGUUGAUGGAUCACUGUAUGAGAACACGUCAGGCAUUCCUGGUGAAGAGUUCCUAGGCUAUGGACAGUCUUCUGGCCUUUCUGAUGCUGGAACCCAUGCUGGUGACAGAAGAAGACAGCUGUCUGACUUAGAUCCCAGUCAACUUACUUCAUCAGAUAUUUCAAGAACCAGGGACAGGAAAGGGAGAGGAGGAAGUCUUCUUGAAGAGGAUGUGAGAGAAUCGCAUCCCCGUUUCAACCAAGGUUUAUUUGACCUCCAUGCACCGAAAGGAAAACCAGCUGUGUUAAGCUGCAGCCUCAACAAUGACCAGCUUGAGGGAAUUUGGUUUAAAGAUGGGUUCAAGGUAACAGGCCAGGAUGGAGUCUCCAUUGAGAAGGAGGGCCCCGUCCACAAACUAUUAAUAGAUGAAGUACAAGAUAGUCAUGCUGGAAAAUACAAAUUUGAAGCUGGAGGAGUCCGAACAGAGGCAUCUAUUUUUGUUGAAGACCCUCCAAAUGUUGACUCUGCUCUUCUGGAAAAACUGAAGAAGGAACCUAUAGUAGUAAAGGCAGGAAAGAAUGCCAUAGUCAAGAUCCCAUUUGAAGGCCGGAAGCCAGUCAGAUCAACUUGGCUAAAGGAUGAAGGGGAGCUUCUGGAUGAUGCCAGGAUCAGCACUGACUAUUCAGACAACUUCACCCGACUCUCCAUAUCCAGUGCUAAUCGGAAGGACUGUGGUGAUUAUAAAGUGAAGCUGAAGAAUGAGAGUGGAAGCACUGAAGCUACUCUCAAGCUGGUAGUUAUAGAUAAGCCUCAACCACCAAUGGGACCCAUCGAAGUUGUGGAGUGCUCCACAAAUAGUAUAACUAUCCAGUGGAAGCCCCCCAAAGACGAUGGUGGCAAACCAAUCCAGGGUUAUAUUAUCGAGAGGCAGCAGGUUGGCAGAAAGACCUGGGUGACCUUGGGGAAAACCAGCGGAAGCAGCACUGUUUUCACCACCAACAAAGUAGAACAUGGCAAAAGUUAUUACUUCAAAGUGAGAGCAGUGAAUGCCGAGGGUACCAGUGAGGCACUCGAGUCUGAUGAAGUGAUGGCUGCUACCAAAGCAUUUCCUGGUCCUCCUGCUCCUCCCCAAAUUGUCAGUACCCACAAGGGUGCCAUCACACUCUCAUGGGCAGCACCCCGUAAGACCGGCAACUCCCGCAUCUUGGGCUACAGUGUUGAGAAGUGCAAGAAGGGCAGCAACAGCUGGACACCUGUCACUGAUGUGCCCAUUACAGACAGGAAGUACACAGUGACUGACCUGAAGGAGGGUCUGCUGUAUGAAUUCCGUGUGGCUGCCAUUAAUGCUGCUGGGGCAGGUGAAACUAGUGCGCCGUCGGAAGCUGCUUUUGCUCGGGAUCCCAUGAAACCGCCAGGUGCAGUGAGAGAUCUUAAAGUGAUCAGUACUGACUACUGCAGCAUCUCUUUGUCGUGGAUGAAGCCAGAAGCACAGGAAGAAAGUCAUGCCAAAGGCUACAUUAUAGAGAUGCGGCACACUGACACUCUGAAGUGGACCCAGUGUAAUUCUCUCCCAAUCCCAAUGACUACAUACACAGUCAGAGGGCUAAAAGCCAGGGAGAUGUACUUCCUACGAGUGAGAGCAGUCAAUGAUGGUGGUUUUGGCGAGCCCGUUGAACUGGACACUUGUGUCCAAGCUGUACCUCCUACAGUUCAUCCCAAACUCUUAGUAAAGGACACCACCAAAAGCUUUAUGAUUGUAAAAGCAGGGGAUGCAAUCCGUGUGCGCAUUCCCUUUGAAGCUUCCCCACCUCUUGAAGUGGUUUGGCUAAAGGAUGGUCUUACUCUGCCCGCAAAAGCCACAACAGCUACCAGAGAAGGCCUGAGCCAACUCAUCAUCCCAGGAGCCGACUUUUCUGACAGUGGCCAUUAUAGCAUCACCCUCCAAACUGAGCGUGGAAAUAAAGAGACUUUCAGCUUCCUAGUCCAGGUUCUAGAUGUCCCAGAAUCUCCUGGUCCUAUACAGCUAAUUGAGAAGGUCCCUGACACGGUGACUCUGAUUUGGGAGCCCUCACCAACAGAGAAGAGAGAGGGCACCCUGAAUUAUAUGGUCAUGAGACGUGACUCCAGCAAAGGAUCUUGGCAAUUGGUGUCUGACCUGAUUUACACCAACAAGUGCACUGUCUCAAAUUUUGUCCCAGGCCGGGAAUACUACUUCAGAGUUCAGGCAAAGAAUUGCAUGGGAAUCAGCGAGCCCUCUGAAACAGUGCAACCCUGGAUCAUUCACAGGGAAAAGGGUAAAUUUGCAGUCAGAAGCCCACCAUACAAGGGGAUCAACCAAACUCAGCCUCCAAGAUUCCUUGUCCCAUUGAAACCUCAUGUGGUAACUCUAGGAUUUGACUGUCACAUGAGUUGUGCUGUGACUGGAUAUCCAGUCCCUCAAGUGAUGUGGUAUAAAGAUGGCAAGAAUAUCUCUCAGGAUCCUACCUUCUUCAGCAAAAAUGACUUUGGGGUCUGCUCUCUUGUGAUCCUAGGAGUCACAGCAUCAGAUGGAGGCCAGUACAAGGUGGUGGCCAUCAAUAAACUAGGCCAAGCAGUCAGCAAAGCUGUAGUCACCAUAAAAGAACCUGCUUUUUAGAAUGGUCUGCAUGGAACCAGCUUUGCCACAGUCUGUGGCGUGACAACGUUUUUCUGUAAGACAGACACCGUUACUGAAAAAUACGUAUUUACUGUUCUGUUAAGCAGCCUGAAGAUUCUAUCUGGUGAAGCAAGUGAGGUCAAAACAGCAACUGUUCUUUUCUUUACAGUUUUCCAUAACAGGAAAGCCCUUUGAAAACUUGUGUGCAGUUCUGUCCAAUGGUCCUUCAAAGAGCAGAAUCCCAGUAUACUUAUUUGAGACUUUAAUGGAAAAUAGGAUAACUUUAAUGGAAGUAAACUUGUUGCGAGCCACCACAGUCAUCAUCCUCACAACGAAUUUAUUGGUCUUUAAGGUACACAGGACUUUCUGUUUUGUUUCUGCUGCAUCUGGCUAACAUGGCUACCCCUCUGAAAGUCAUGACAAGGAAAGAUAGUCCUGCAAUAAUAAUGGAUUUUAUAUUCAUAUCCACUGGGCUGUAGCUGAGAUUGUUUAUUUGUAGGAUAUAUUGUGAGAGAAAAUACUUGGAACCAGCCCCAUGGCAAAUGGAUUUCAAAUAGCUUGGCUGUGCCCACAGUGGCUGUAUUAGAACAUGAGCUUUAUGAAUGUAUUGGGAGUAGAAGAGUUUAUAACUAGUUGGGAUCCUUCUGUCAAGAACACCAAAUUUUAUGUAUGAGAUGUCUUACUAAUUUCAAGCAUCAUUUGGGUUUUAACCAACUCUAAUUUUAGAAAGCUUAACAAAGAAUUGAAGUGGGACAAUGCCACCUAUUCAGUAUUCAUAGGACUGAAGAUGGAUGCUUGAACAAGAUUAGUUUAACCUUGAAACAGAAAAGUUUGUUUUAAGAUAAGUUUUUUUCCUGGGCCUAUAGCAAUUGCCUUAUCAACAAGAAUCAAAGCAAGACUGUAUUUUUGUGUUGCUCAACACUGAGUUUCAGCCUCAUACUUUUCCAAAUGUCUCAAUGAAAUGAGGCCCUCUGCCAAAGAUAUCUGCCCUCUGUGUUUUUCACUUACGCUAUGAAAAAUAGCUUGCUAUGUGUUGUCGUUUUUUUAAAGUAUUCGGUUAACAGUUUCCUAAUUGAGAACAGCAAAAGAUGUUCAGUAAGGCAACAUAAGGAAAGUCCAGAAAAUGUCAAAUGCAAAUAUAAGUCAAACGCAAGUUCAGUAGCAGAUGGACUCUUUAGCAAAAAAUAUUGUAGUGACAGAUUUAACUGACAUGUCACAAGCCAUCUCUAGGGAAUAAUAUCCAAAUCUUUGUCUGCACUCAGAAUUAACCAAGGACAUAUCUGUUGCUGAAUUUCUACCAGUCUCCAAGACAGAGCUUCCAUGAUUUUAGUGGAUUUUCUAUGAGAUGUCAGAAUCCACCAAAGUCUAGUGAAAGCACACUGAAUGAUUGACGUUCGAAAAGCAGAUAUGAGGUGAUGGAUAUGACAGGUAUCAUACUGGAUCCUUAAUGCUACUUGUAUUGCUAAGUGAUAAUAUUGGAUCGCCUGGGUGAGGGCAGGGAGAAGGGGCUAUCAUGGCCUUAGACUAUUGCCAUCUUGUGUGCAAGAGUCUGUGUGCAAGGUUUUCAUUUGUUUCAUCAUUUUCCCUACCAAGGAACUGCACUUUAUGGGCCAAAGGCAAGUGAAAACUUAAUAUUGAACCUGAAUAAACAUGACUUAAAUAAACGAACAGCAUCGUCAUGAACCUUUGGAGCUGAAUCAAACUGCUGGUUCAUCUUUUCUAGCCCUGUUCUGAAUACUUGGACUGGUAGCAGCCCUCAUGGAUGGAGGGAUCUUUCCCAACACAACUACCUAAAACCCUUUAACUGGAGAUCUCAAGGAGUGAACUUGGGGCCUUCUAAGUCACUGAGCUAUGGUCCUUCUUAGGCUGCACACAUAUUUCAUAGAAGCCAGGUUUUUUUUGGGGGGGCAGUGUGGGCUAUAUUUGGGUCAAUAUGGUAUUGCACGAAGCUUGGGUGUCUCAGUGCUGCUUCUCUGCCCACUAUACCCAUUCAGGGUAUUAGUGUAUUAGUUUAUCAACUCAUCAUUGUUGCAUCUGAGCACUUCAGUUUCACUAACAGAACAAAAACAUGCAGACUCCCAAGUGUUUUUUUACAAAAGGUAGGACUGAUUAUAAAUCUUCCUGCUUCAAAACAUAACCCAAGCUGUGCUAUUAUUUAGAUUCCUUACACUGCAAGGGUCUCAAGGUGUCACAUCAGUACAACAAAUGUAUGUAAAAUACAUACAGUAAAUUCAGGCUGACUGAAAGGCAGUCAUGUAUCUGAAAAGUUAAAACAUCCAACCUUUGGCAUCCCUAGCAGAGAUGUAACCAGAAAGGAAAAGAACCCAAAUUUCCCCACUAGGGGGACUCAUUCUAAUGCAGUAAUAAAGUACUGGCUACCGUAUAUGCAGCACCCAGAAACUGGCGUUUCUAAAUUGUUGUUUCUCUCACUGAAAAAAUGAGUAAGACAUGACAGUGAUUUGCUUCUCCUGUUCAUUUUUUUUAUAAAAAAAAAGUGGGAAGGGAAAGCCUGUUCCCAACUUUAGAUGGUCAUAAUAAAGUUUUUGUAAGACUGGAAUCAACCUGAAAUGUCAAAACUGACUUCAAUAAACUUGGUGUGGGGGAAAAAGUAUAUGGUUGAGAUCAUAAGAAAAUGUCUUUUCUCGUGGAGGCUUUCUUGUCCUUAAAUUAUUAACAAAUGGAUGUGAAUAAGAAAAAUGCAAGGACACUGGUGGGGGAGUUAGCAAAAACAGGAAGGGAUGAACUCAGGCUACAUCUGCACAUCUAAUACAUUAAAACCUGUGGUUUUUCAUGUUUAGUGUUUCUACAGCAUAACACAGGCACACACGUGUAGAUGUCCACCCAUUUUGUUUAAUAAAAAUACCACAAUCAAGCUUCUGGAGCAGCUGCAGGUGUUUUGUUUUGUUUUUGUGAUAGUAUCGGUGAGCAUGCUAUCAGAAAUUAAUACCCUUAACAAGCAAAUUUGCAUAUCAUAUCAUGUCUGUCUCUGUGGGUUUGGUGUAGCAGAAGUACGUGCAAAUUGGUCACAUUGCUGGCAGCAGUAUCCAUACAGUUCCACAGGGAGCAGUCAUUUUUGCUAAAAGUGUGAUGGCUAUGUACUAGGACUACUGUCUUUCUCAGAGAUGAAAAAUUAAAAUUCCUUAGCCAUUGAUUAUACGCUGGCUAACUUGUUGCCUGUUGUUUGCAUGUCAAUUCAUUUAAUUUAAUGACAAGUUACCCAUUUUAACUUGACCAGCAAUGAGCCACAGCAAUAAAAAUCAACCAAAUGUG